GGAGCCUGGCGGGCCCCGCUCGGCCUCCGCCUUGGCCCGCCGCCGCCACCCCGCCAAGCCGGCCAUGGAGGGCGAGAGCACCACGGCCCUGCUGCCGGGCUUCGUCUUCGGCGCCCUGGCUUUCCACCACCUCAGCACCGACUCGGACGCUGAAGGAUUUCUCCUUGGAGAUGUAAAGGGUGAAGCUAAAAAUAGCAUUACAGAUUCUCAGAUGGAUGAUGUUGAAGUUGUUUACACAAUUGAUAUACAGAAACAUAUUCCAUGUUAUCAGCCUUUCAGCUUUUAUAAUUCAGCUGGAAUAUUGAAUCAGCCAAUGCUGAAGAAAAUAUUAUCAGGAUGUAAAAAGACUGUGGUAGGAUGGUACAAAUUCAGGCGUAAUACUGACCAGAUCAUGACGUUCAGAGAGCAACUCCUGCAUAGGCAUCUACAAUCAUAUUUCUCAAAUCAAGGCCUUGUUUUUCUGUUACUCACCUCCAGUGUGACGUCUUCAAGUUCAUCCACUUACAAACUUGAAUAUGCCUUGCAUAAGCCACAAGAGGGUCUAUUUCAGAAAGUUCCACUUGUUGUGGCCAACCUAGGAAUGGCAGAGCAGCAAAGUUACAGAACAGUAUCUGGUUCUUGUACUUCUACUGGUGUUUGUAGAGCAAUUGCAAAACACAGGUCAGAAUUUUUUAAAGAAGAUGGGACUCUAAAAGAGGUUCAUAAGAUUAAUGAAAUGUAUGCUACUUUGCAGGAAGAACUGAAGAAUUUAUGCAGUAAAGUAGUGGAUAGUGAGAGAUCAGUAGAAACCCUAUUGGCAGAUGUAAAUCAACUGAGACAAAGAGUAAGACUCAAGAACGAACGGAAGCAAAUUGCUGGAAGGAAUAAAAGUCAUUCAGAGGAGCCAGAAGAGAAUAUAUUUCUUUGUCAAGCUUUGCAAAACCUUUUCCCAAACUCUGGACUACAAACAAGCAUUGUUACUCUAAAAGGAAGGCAGAUUUCUAAGCAGUGUUGUAACAUCAACCACAACAUCGAAGUAACAGAUCAGUUAACCUUAAUGCUCAAGGAAAUCAGUUUUCCUGAAGCAAAAACAAAGCAAGUAAUUAAGCGAAAAGCUACGGUGAGUACAGGUGGACCAAAGCCAUGCAAAAGGCUACGAUCGUUCCGACUGCGUCGAAAGCUCUUCCGAGAAGAUGAAGAGGACAGUGAUCAAGAAACAAAUGUUAUGAGUAACCCCAAAGUAGAUGAGGAUGUACCAGGGGAGCCAGAUGAAAGCCCAAUGUCUCCCACUAUCUGACCUUUUCUAGACAGAUAAAAGAUUUCCUCUAUCCUGAGCAACUACUGCCUGUGUAAUUUUCAUUCUACAUUAAUACACGGUGUCUUGACAAAUCCUUAAGAUACAAAAGUGCACUGAUCAAGAUACAGAAUAAAGUAGUUCAGAGCUCUUCCCCAUCAAAUUCUGCCUUGCUUAUCUUCUCAGGGAUUAUCACUAGUGGAAGGUAACAGCACACAAACAUACUAAGUGCUUGUGUUUGUAAGUGCUGGAAUGAGAAUAUAACACAAUGGCUAAAAUCCUGUUUGUAGCAAAACAUUUGACUUUCUGACCAUUCCUUCCUGGUAGAACCACUGUUGUCACAACUGUCAGGGGUUCAUGCUGGGUUAGUGCAUGCACAAGCUCCUCAGAAUUUCAGCAACAGUUAUUUACCAGGGAGAAAUGACCUGGAAACUAACGCUUAAAUAUUACAAACAAGAUUUGAGCCUAUGUCUUGCCUUCCAAGUGAAGUGGUAGCAUUAGCAAUUUAAGUGAUACAGAAAGAAGAUUCUGUUCAGAUUAUCAUUUUAUACCAUAUAUUGUUUUUGUAAUGCAAUUAUGUAGAUGAACCAAGAUUAGUAGCUAAGACUACAUCAUGAUGAGCAUAGUGAAAACCUAGUUUCAAGCAAAGAUAUAACAGCAUGUUCUCUGUCAUUCAUGAAACAGCUGUGAUUGGCUAAUACCUACUGUGACUUGAACAAACCAAUAUAGUUUAAAAAGAAAACAACCUGAUGCUUUCUAGGUUUGUGUCACUCGUUUAAUCAGGCUGCAUACCUUUUUAAAAGGACAAGUACUCAAAAAUUUUCACUGCAUUCUUUGUACAUGAGGAAAUAGGCUCAUUGAGGUUUGUGGCUUGUUUAUUAAGAUUCUCC